CUCGAAGGCAAGGCACGUGAAGCAAUUCCAACCGAAGUCAAUUCAGUUCGACAAAUCAAAGAUGCGUUGGGAAACAGAAUAAAGCCAGACAACUCGAAAGUUGUGGCUGGGAAAAUUGCAUAUUUUCAUGUCAUAAACAACAAUUAUACGGAAUUUGCUAGGCGUGUAGGGGAGCUUUCGGAUGCAUUAAAGCGUUCUUUGAUCAUUGAAGGUAUGACACAAUCUAAGGCCCAUGAAAUGGAAGUCGAGCAAACAGUUAACGUUUGUAGACUUAAUACUCGGUCGGAUAUGUUCAAAUCAAUUUUAUCGUCAACUACCUUCAGUGAUUCAAAAGACGUAGUGGGAAAAAUGAUAGUCGAACAAAAUAAUCAAGUGGUAGAGCGUCAAGUGUACAAUAAUAACGGUAAUAAUAGUAGCUACAACAACGGUGGAAGGCAUAACAGCAAUAAUUUCAAUAAUAAUGUCGAUCGGUCAUCGAAUAACAGCAAUCGGAACAAUAACAGCAACAUUAAUAGUAAUAGGCGUCCAAAUUCGCGCAAUCAUGCUAAUGUGCGCGCUUUAAACGCCCAUGCCUUUCAGGAUCGAACACUGAGGGCGGAGGAAUUGGACAAUUAA